UCAAACGUCAUCCGUGUGCGCGGAGCGGGUAGUAGUUGAUGAGCUGCUGGGUGGAGGCCUGAAGGAGAACCGCGGUGUCAGGAUCAUGCCUGACAGGGAGCAGUGUCCUGGGCAGCAGAAGCCACUGGGCUUGGGAUGAAAGAAGCGGGGCAGAUGCAAAAUCUGGAGGGCGCGAGGGUCGGGCGGUCGGUCAGCACGCAGACUGGCAGUAUGUCGGGUCAGAUACCAAGGCUCUCAAAAGUCAACCUUUUCACUCUGCUCAGUCUCUGGAUGGAGCUCUUCCCAGGAGUAGAAGCCCAAGGGCAGAAAUCUCAGAAAAAUGAAGAGGAAAACCAUGGACCCGUAGGAGAUAAUGAAGAGUUGGCCAGAGUAUCUACUGACAAAAAACAGGUGAAGAAAACUGGUCUUGUGGUGGUGAAAAACAUGAAAAUUGUUGGUCUCCAUUGUUCUAGCGAAGAUUUACAUACUGGGCAAAUUGCUCUUAUUAAACAUGGGUCAAGGCUGAAAAACUGUGAUCUUUAUUUUUCCAGAAAACCAUGUUCUGCUUGUUUAAAAAUGAUUGUAAAUGCUGGAGUUAACCGCAUAUCCUAUUGGCCUGCUGACCCGGAAAUAAGUUUGCUCACCGAGGCUUCUAGUUCUGAAGAUGCAAAGUUAGAUGCCAAAGCUGCAGAAAGACUGAAGUCCAACAGCCGGGCCCAUGUGUGUGUCUUACUCCAGCCUCUGGUGUGUUACAUGGUGCAGUUUGUAGAGGAAACCUCGUACAAAUGUGACUUUAUUCAAAAAAUUGCAAAAACACUACCGGAUGCUAACAUUGAUUUUUAUUCUGAAUGUAAACAAGAAAGAAUAAAAGAAUAUGAAAUGUUAUUUUUGGUUUCAAAUGAAGAAAUGCAUAAGCAAAUACUGAUGACCAUAGGUCUGGAGAACCUGUGUGAAAACCCGUACUUUAGCAAUCUAAGACAAAACAUGAAAGACCUUAUCCUUCUUUUGGCCACAGUAGCUUCCAGUGUUCCCAGCUUUAAACACUUCGGAUUCUACUGUAGCAAUCCAGAGCAGAUUAAUGACAUUCACAAUCAAAGUUUGCCACAAGAAAUUGCAAGGCACUGCAUGGUUCAGGCCAGGUUAUUGGCAUAUCGAACUGAGGAUCAUAAAACAGGAGUUGGAGCUGUCAUUUGGGCAGAAGGGAAUUCUAGAAGCUGUGAUGGAACUGGUGCCAUGUACUUCAUAGGCUGUGGUUACAACGCCUUUCCUGUUGGCUCUGAGUAUGCCGACUUCCCACACAUGGAUGACAAGCAUAAAGACAGAGAAAUACGGAAAUUCAGAUACAUCAUACAUGCAGAACAGAAUGCCUUGACAUUUAGGUGUCAAGAAAUAAAACCAGAAGAAAGAAGCAUGAUUUUUGUGACAAAGUGCCCAUGUGAUGAAUGUGUGCCUUUAAUUAAAGGUGCAGGCAUAAAGCAGAUCUAUGCAGGGGAUGUAGAUGUUGGAAAAAAGAAGGCAGACAUCUCUUAUAUGAAGUUUGGGGAGCUUGAAGGUGUUAGCAAAUUUACAUGGCAGUUGACUCCUUCUGAAGUUUAUAGUCUUGAACAAAGUGAACCUGAAAGGAGAGAAAAUGGAGUGUCGAGAUCCAGGCCCGCCAAGGACGAGCAGCACCGCAGCAAGAGGCUGUGCUUGCAGAACCACUCAGCAAGCCUGUCGCCACCCCAUCUGCCCGCGGCCAGCCAGCCUCGAACGUGAGGGUGGGUGUGUGAAUAAUUGAAAAGCUUUUAAGGAAGCUAAUUUAUUAUAAGGCGGAGAAAGAUGUUAAUGAGAAGGCUUUUAUUCUAGAAGUCUGUUUCCCAGAACGUGAUGCCUUCUUCUGUUGUACUAAAUGACUUAGCAGUAAUUUGAGACCCAUGUCAUAACCAGCAGUUGGUUUUGUUUAUCUUCACUUGAAACAGCUGGUUUAAAGCGGCUCAUUCACAAAGGUUAUCCUGAAACUGGAAAUUUUUUUUUUUUUUUUUGAGAAAUACUAAUUCCUUUGGACCAGAAGGGCAAUAGUAGACUAUUCCAGGGAAAUAAAUGUCAAACUGGUCAUCUUGUAUGAAUUCAUGUAUAGCUAAACAAAAGGUCUUACUUCUACCUAAAUCUUUCUAGUAAUCAGAAUUCCUUAGUUAAGAUUGACCUCUAAAGUUUAUGUACCUGGUCUUCAUUCUUAAAGUCUGCUUUUUAAAAAGGGCCUGGGGAUGUAGCCCAGUGGCAUU